GUCCCUCUAAAAGAAACGUUCAACUAAAUCCAGCAGCGUUUUCUCAACAACAGAAUCUCUGCCGAGCACCGAGUGUCGAUAUGUCUGCUGCCAGCUGUCUGCUGACUGAAGAUCAGUUCCUGUGCUCCAUCUGUCUGGAUGUGUUCACUGAUCCAGUCAGCACACCAUGUGGACACAACUUCUGUAAAACCUGCAUCACUCAACACUGGGACAUUAAUGUCCCCUAUCAGUGUCCUAACUGUAAUAAGUUCCACCCCAGACCUGAGCUGCAGGUCAAUACCUUCAUCUCUGAGAUGGCUGAUCAGUUCAGACAGUCAGCUCAACAGAAAGCAAGCAGCAGCAGCUCAGAGCAACACGUCUCCAAACCAGGAGAAGUUCCCUGUGACGUCUGCACAGGAACCAAACUGAAGGCCCUGAAGUCCUGCCUGGUGUGUCUGGUCUCCUACUGUGAGACUCACCUGGAGCCUCAUCUGACGAUGUCAGGUCUGAAAAGACAUCAGCUGAUCGACCCUGUGGAGAACCUGGAAGGCAGGAUGUGUAUGAAGCACGAUAAACCUCUGGAGCUUUUCUGUAAGACCGACCAGAUGUGUGUUUGCAUGCAUUGCACUGUUUUAGACCACAAGAUGCAUGAUGUUGUUCCUCUUAAAGAAGAAUAUGAGGGAAAGAAGGCUGAGCUGGGGAAGACAGAGGCUGAAAUUCAGCAGAUGAUCCACAAGAGACGACUGAAGAUCCAGGAGAUCAAACACUCAGUGAAGCUCAGUGAGGAAGAUGCCGACAGAGAGAUAGCAGACGGUGUUCAGAUCUUCACGGCUCUGAAGGAGUCUGUUGAGAGAAGCCAGGCCGAGCUCAUCAGCACGAUCAAAGAGAAGCAGAGAAAGAGAGAGAAACAGGCCGAAGGCUUCAUCAAAGAGCUGGAACAGGAAAUCUCUGAGCUGAAGAAGAGAAGCACUGAGGUGGAGCAACUCUCACAGUCUGAAGACCACCUCCACUUCCUGCAGAGCUUUGCCUUCCUCAACACUGCUCCAUCCACGAAGGACUGGACGGAAGUCAAAGUCCAUCCACCAAUUAAGGGAACUGUGGAGAGAGCUGUGAAUCAGCUGAAGGGGACGCUCAGUGACCAGAUGAAGAAGCUGCUCACCGAGGCCGAGCUGAAGAGGGUCCAGCAGUCUGCAGUGGAUGUGACUCUCGAUCCCGAUACAGCACAUCCCAACCUCAUCUUGUCUGAUGAUGGAAAACGAGUUCAACAUGGUGAUGUAACAAAGAAUCUCCCAAACAAUCCAGAGAGAUUUGAUACUUGUAAUUUUGUUUUAUCAAAACAGAGUUUCUCUUCAGGAAGAUGUUACUACGAGGUUCAGGUUAAAGGGAAGACUUACUGGAAUUUAGGAGUGGCAAGAGAGUCAGUCAACAGGAAGGGAUACAUCCCACCGAGUCCUCAAAAUGGUUUCUGGACAAUAUGGUUGAAGAAUGAAAAUAACUAUGAAGCUCUUGCCUGCAAUGUGGUCCGUCUCACUCUGAAGUCUCGUCCUGAGAAGGUGGGGGUCUUUGUGGAUUAUGAGGAAGGUCUGGUCUCCUUUUAUGACGUUGAUGCUGCGGUUCUUAUCUACUCCUUUACUGGCUGCUCCUUCACUGAGAAACUCUACGCAUACUUUGGUCCGUGUGAUAACAGCCGUGGUAAAAACUCUGCCCCUCUGGUCAUCUCUCCCGUCAAUCCCACUAAGUAGAACUUUUUUAAUGUAAUAAAUGUAUAUUUACUGUGUAAUCACAUAUGUGGUGUUUUAGGCUUAUUGGCAGACAUCCAUUUAAAAUGUAGCCAAUGACCCCUUUUCUCCAUGUCCACUGACAUUUCUCAGCGUCCACUCUAGUAAUAUUUGUGUGGUCCAGGUAGAUUAACAUAAAAAAUGGUUGUCAUUCACAAGGCUACUUUUACUUUUAUACUUUAAGUACAUUUCCA